UUGAAACUGAACUCGCUUUCAGCUGUGUGAUAAACAGACUUUAAAUGGUUUGAAUGAAAUACGCUGUGUUUGCCCAAUUCAGAGACUUUCAUGAAUGGAAUGUGAUUUAAUUAUGUGUUAUUUAUAUUUUAAAUGUGAAGGCAAUUGAUGACGAUUAUAGAAAAUCCUAGUUUAAUUUAAGAUAACAGUCUGAUGCGCACACACCGGCGAGCGAUCCUCCAACCCUCCCGGUUCACCGUCCACCGGCGGUCCUGCCAGCCACGAUGUUGUUCGUCGUUUAUCGUGCGCAUAUGGACGGGCGCCUACGUUAAUCUGCCGCAACGGUGCACCCUCUCGCGCGUCGUCGAAGUGACUCGGAAACGUUCACACUUGUUCGCGUCGUUCACUCGAUCGGAAGCAACCGCAAUCAAAACAGCUGGGAGAUAAUGGUCGCAUCGAUUCGUGGAAAAAGUGGAAACUGCAGAGAGAGAGAACAUAAAACGGGUCAAGUGUGGUAAACACAUGUAAUCAGAACAAUCAAGUGAUAUAAUACAUUCAGAGAAGUGGUUUGUUUGCGUCAACGUUUGCGUAUUUUGCGGAUUAGAUAUCAUAGGUUCUCUGUAGAUUCGGGUGAGUUCACGUGUUCUCAUUGCGAGGAUUUUCAUCUGUUAGCAACUGACAACCUGUGGAAUGGUGCGAUGAAAAUGCUAAUAGCAACGGUGCAAUACCAUAAAAAGUGUUUCGGGUGAUACAUGGACUAAAACGCACAUCAAAGUGUAUACGUGACCAGGGAUAUAGCACCAACUUUAAGUAGGAGGAUAACUGCAUGAGCGUUGGGGAGAACAACAAGCAGAAUGGCUGAGCAUGCACAGCUAAGGCCUCCUGAUGGAGGCUGGGGAUGGAUGAUUGUGUUUGCUUAUGGAAUGGCCAAUAUCAUGAUCAUACCGGUUUUGCAGAGCUUCGCCCUGAUUUUCAAGGACACUUUCAAGCAAAUUCAUAUUUCUGCCACAGAUGCUUCACUCAUAAUUAAUUUGGCUUCGGCGGUAGGAAUGACGUUCGGGCUGUUCAAUGGACCCUUGUUGCGCACUUUUGGUUUCCGAAAAGUAGCCACUCUAGGAGGAACCAUGUUCUCGCUGGGGCUCAUGUUAACAUCUAACGCUGAAACGUUUGUGCAUUUCAUCGUGACGUACAGUAUUAUAGCGUCUCUUGGAAUGGGUUUCUGCAACUCAUCUUUUUCGUUGGCUCUGAACACGUAUUUUGUGACACGAAGAAACAAAGCGGCAGGACUGGCAAUGACCAUCACUGGUCUAGGUCCGAUCUUGUUACCCCAGCUAGUGUCAAUUCUGAUCGCACUUUACGGUCCCCGAUAUUGUCUUCUUAUUAUAGGAGCCCUGGCAACUCAUAUAAUUGCAGCUUCCCUGCUUUUGCAACCGGUUAAGCGACACCUGAUUCCAGUCGAACCAAAACUGGAGCCUCCCCAAAGUAAUGACGUUGGGGAGGAUAAAUACACCGCCAUUGAUGCCUCACAUCAUUACAAUCACCACACCGACAGCAAAUGGGAACUUGAAUCUGACGACGAGCAGGACUACCUCGAAAAAGAAAGCUACCUAGCUGGUCAUGAAAUUGACACCCAAAGCAUUUACGGCUUCGAGCUGACUUCCCAGAUUCGGCGGCGCGAUUCAAUGGCCGCUAUCGCUCUGCUAUCGCGCACCAAAAGCGAAGUUCUUCAUCCCAUACAGAGAGGCGCGUCGACAGCGGAUAUGACGAUGUAUAAAACACGCUCGGAGACGUUGGAACCUGCUCUUGAGAAAGAAAAGAAAAGGUGGUUCCAGUCUGAAUCCACCGAGUCUAUCAAUUUGGGCAGUUCUAUGAAGAUUUUUGAAGAGAAAGAACGACGAAAUUCUCUGGAUGACACUGUUCCCAGGCCCAGGCCGUUUGGGCCAAAAUUUUCCCCGAAAAUCAAGCGCUGGUUUGAAAAAUCUGAAGACUCUGUCCAUUUGGGCAGUUCGGUGCGAUUGUUUGACGAACGCUUCCCGGUAACACGACGAAGCUCCCAUGCAAGCUUUCGUGAAUCCUCCUCAAUGGGAUUGCCAGUAGUGUCUCAAUCGAAACUUCCACCACUCAGUGAAAAUCAAGACCUAACCGAAGACAAUCGUCUUCCGUCGAUUAUGCGCCAGCUUGAACGCUCGGCCUCGACGAAAUCCCAAGUGCCAAAGACUGCAAAGUUUGAUUUAAGUACCAUCGAGGCUGACAAAAAGCAAGGCGUUCUCCAAAAACUGGUCACAAUCUUCGAUCUCACUCUACUGAGGGAUAAGAUUUACCUUAACAUGAUGCUUGGAUUGUCGAUUGCCGUGUUUGCCGAGAUCAAUUUUUCGCUGCUAACGCCGUUCAUUCUCAACGAUCUGGGCUACGACACGACGCAGAUUGCAUCGAUUAUGUCCACAUUGGCAGUGGCGGAUUUGUUGUUUCGCUUUGUAUCACCCUUCAUUGGGGACUUCCUGAAGUUGACGCCACGCGUUAUGUACAUGAUUGCGCUUACAAUGUUAAUAUUAACUAGAUUUAGUAUUUUAAUCGCUCGCAAUUAUCCGGAAAUGAUUGUCGUGGCUGUCUUUCUAGGCAUAGCCAAAGGAGUUCGGACGGUCUACAUGAGUUUGGUGAUUCCGAGCUACAUCCCAAUCAAGCGCCUGCCCUCGGCUUCCAGCAUCCAGAUGAUGACGAACGGCAUUAUUCUGAUGACGAUUGGUCCCCUCGUGGGGCUGAUUCGGGAUCUGUCCGGAAGCUACUCGAAAAGUAUACUAUUCAUUAAUGCGUUCACGAUUGUGACGCUUGUGAUGUGGGCAGUGGAGAUGACCUAUGUGAGCCGAAAAUCAAGACUCAAGCAGCAAGAAGCAGCCAAAGAGAUUGUCUCCUGAUGGUGUUCGAUGUUGGACACCAAAGCAAUUCCUAGUGAGAAUAACAACAGGUUUGAAGUUCUUUUUUUUUUUCAAACAUGGUACAUAUUUAAUCACUAAAUCAUAUCGAACUUCCCACGGGUGAAUGAAUGAUUGUGGAAUCGUUGGCGAUUCCAGUCUACUCUACGAAUAUAUUUGCUAGCC